AUGUCAAAUAGCGCUCCCGCCGGAAGACCGUCCGCCGCAGGCUCGACGGUAAAUGGACACACUCUGCUCCGCCAUGAACCAGGCUCUACUUCCACUGCUCCCAGUCCGAGUCCCUCGUCCAGCUCCAAGCCCAUUCCCAUCUCACGGGGGACAAAAGGAGCAUAUUCCUCUACAAAUCCAAACAAUGGCAGAGGUCCGCUCUACAGUCUUCACCGGGCAGCCACGUUGGGCGAGCACAUUCCUCAACUAUCAGAAAGAGAGAGUAUCUUUGCUGAACACUAUGUAUCUCCUCCGAGCGAAGCUUCCACUCCCUUAGACGGGGCGAGAGCGUCUCCGUCUUCCACUACACCGCGGAAAGUGCCAUUCAACAUGUCGACCAUGGUUACCCAUCCAAUCUCCCCUCCAGACACCAGCAAAACUCCGCGCACCCAUUCCCCACGGAAGCUGGACUGGCUUCGACGAUCCGACUCUUUGACUGAGGUAGACACUCCUCUUUCGCCGUCCCAUCCUUCGACCGGCACGAUACAUGGGAUCCGACGCAUAGCCUCCGAUUCGAACUCAUGGACUAAGAAGUUUCAUGUGACAUUGGGCAAGAUAGAGAACCAGGAGGGGAAAGAUCAAGAGACGGGAAUUGCACGACAACAUCAGUAUGGUGGAGCAGGCCCAGAAAGCGACAUCUCGGCGGAACAAGAAAGUGGGCAACACACAAUGGUUGAGAGAGGCAAUUCCAUGCGUACUGUCAUGAAGGGCCCUCGCACAGAGCGGAGUGUCAGUCGUGGCAGGGCACAUGUGGACAAAAGUAUAGAAGCUACCGUGAAGAACCCCGAAGUUGGAGGCACUGCACGUAGCAGGAAGGCCAGCCAUAUGAUGGGUCUCGUUGGUGCCAGCAGAGAACCCUCAAAGUCUUCCUCACGACCGACAAGCCCAGCUACCCAAGAUACUAAAUUCUCAUGGAGUGUACCUUCAAGGGAAUUCGUUGAACCCGCCGUCACCGCUUCUCAAGACGCCCCUCGCCCAGGGAGUAUACGCAGUUCCCAGGCUACUUCUCCGCUCAGACCUGACCUCGACCCUUAUUUCCGUCAACAGGACCUGGCACAGAAACCAGACGUGAACGGGAGAGUGUUGGAUGACGGACAGGAAGCCCAUAAAACGACUCUCCGCGAUGCCGCCCCUGCCGAGACGUUCUCUGACGAGGACAGACAAGAGGAUCAUCACCCUUCUGAAGAGGAGCAUAUAUCAGCAGCUGUUUACUACCCUCAUCCAGGCCCGUCUCCUGAAGAAAUUGAGCGCUUCACAUCCCCAGGAGAGAUUGUUUCACCCAAUCUGAGCAGCAAUCGGCAAACUCCAAGGGUGGCGGAGGAUAUCGUUCUCUCCACCGACACCAAAACAAAUGAAGCAUUGGGAGGUACAGAACACAUCGACAUAUCAGUCGUAUCUCAGAAUGAGAAAAGAAUGUUUCAUGGCAAUUAUCGCCCUUUGGACGAAGUUGCAGGGGAGCGUCAAGUGCCAGCUCUGUCCCCUCUCGAAGAAGCUCCGUCGACUGCAAUUGUUAGUACUUCAGAGUCGGAAAUUGAAUCUGGUGAUGAUAUCAGUCGGCAAAGCCAAGCGGAUGACAUGUCGACGACGCCGACGCAACGAAGCACGCUAUCCAGGCGGCCGACCGACAUACAAGCGCCGCCGAGGACGAAGGGCAAGGUUGUUCUUGAACCUUACAAGCACCAAGUGGGAGGGCAUUCGACAAUCUUUCGCUUUUCUCGUCGCGCGGUCUGCAAACAGCUAAAUAAUCGGGAGAACGAAUUUUACGAACGAAUCGAGCAGAGGCAUCCGGAUAUGCUCAAAUUCCUUCCCAGAUACAUUGGCGUACUGAAUGUAACGUUCUCCAAGAUACCGAAACAACUACAGAACUCUGAGGCAAGACCCGAUGACAAUAUAAGGGCUGAGAAUCCCAGCCAAGACGAAGACCGCUCCAAGGAAGUGGAUAGUACGUCGGGGAUGGGCUCGAGGCCAAUCGGUUCUUCGUCUGGAGACCAGCCACGCAUCGUCAGCCACUCGAUGCAGCAAAUCGGCAGCAUUCCUGAGGUUAUUUUAGAACAAAACAAACACAUCAUCCCCUCCAAUUACUUCGCUUUACCAGAGCGCCCCAAAAGUGCCGAUCCUAAUCACGGGCGACGGCGAAGCAAGGACUUCGAUGUUCCGGGAGCCCCGGCGCAGGACGUCUUUGAAGCAGAGAAGUCUGCGAACAGACCAUCAAUGCCCGAACAUUCCAACAGUUGGGGACAUACCACUGUCAACGAGGGCUUGAAGGACAAGAUUCUACGCGAAGUUUUCGGGCCCCCUCCCGUCCAAUAUUUCCGUCGUCACAUACCCUCACACAGUACCAUCCCGCGACUCAAAGGAAAUCAUGUGCCCCGCCGAAGGAGUAAUCUCUCUACAAAUUCGUUUCCUCAUGCAGAUACUAGGGACUCGAUUCAGUCAAAAGGUCAUCUGGAGACACCGAUAUUACAUAACGAAACCACUUACAUGCCUCCUAUCAGUAAGAUACGCUCGCAGACCAGCGACGGCCCUAGUGUGUAUUCUUCAUCAGCUUCGGCAUUUGAUGACCUCAAAUACAAUCUCGAACAAGUCAAAACGGCUGGCAGCGAGGUGCCGAACUCUUCUGGACCAGAGAACAGACAACAUGUGAAAAGGCGCCAUUCCGGCAUGGGCCUGCGACGUCGACGCCAAUCAGUAAAUGAGAAACAGACUCCAGAGCUAGAAUAUUUCGAAGAUGAAGCUUACACAACAGAUUUCGGUCCUGACACCGGAGAUGUCUUCAGCAUGGACCAGGAGAAGAAACGAGAUGCAACGAAGCACCGCCUAAGUCAUUCAACAACUAACGGCUCGAGCAAAUUUCAAGCAGGAGAGACCAAGAUCUCCAGUGGCCACCCGAACACUGCCAGCAGACCCAAAGAACCAGCCACGGAGAGCUUGAUACCGUCCAAUCCAAAAGAGGCGCAAAAAACCUACAAUGCUUCUGGCGAUCGAGUAGUAUUCUUCAUCUUACUGGAGGACCUCACCAGUGGCAUGGGUCGUCCCUGUGUCCUUGAUCUUAAAAUGGGGACACGGCAGUUUGGGGUCGAAGCCACCAAAAAGAAGAUGGAAUCUCAGCGCCGCAAGUGCAAGUCGACGACCUCUCAGCAAUUAGGUGUCAGAAUAUGCGGCAUGCAAACUUUCAAUGCAAAAACUCAAAAGGUAUCAUACGAAGACAAAUACUAUGGCCGCGAUUUGAAGGCUGGGCGGGAGUUUAGGGACGCGCUCACGAGGUUUCUGUAUGAUGGUCUUAGCUAUGACAGUGUUGCACGGCACAUCCCCACCAUUUUGCACAAACUCUCCAAGCUUGAGAGCAUGGUUCGAAGAUUGCCUGGAUACCGAUUCUACGCGAGUUCCCUCCUCAUGCUAUAUGAUGCCGAGCCCUACAAGUCUCGGGAAGCUGAAGAGGCGGCAAGGAACGGUAUUGAUAUCGCCGAGCAAAAGAAAAAGGAGGGCAAAAAGUGGCCUCCACCAAUUGACAUCAAGAUUGUGGAUUUUGCCAACUGCAUCACGGGCGAGGAUGAACUGCCUCCCAACGCUCAAGCGCCGCCUGCCCACCCCAAAGACAUCGAUCGCGGCUACUUGCGCGGGCUAAGGACCUUGAAAGCCUACUUCGAACGGAUCCUCGCCGACAUCAAAAACAACGAAAAGAAAGAGAUCAGCGGCAGAGAGGAGUUAACAACGGACGACGAAGGCAGCAGCCAUGUUUCAAAUGGGGGACAUGAUGCCCCCGAGGACGAAGGUGAAGUCAGUGUCUAA